UGUAUGUUGCUUCUAGCUGAAACAAUGGAUUGGGAUACCCGCAAAAGGUUUACAUUACCUCUUCAAGCAACCACUCUUGAUGCUACAAUAGCCACUUCAUAGCAAAGUUUUAGAAGAACCGUUGGAGUGAGACAAAGCAAAACAAGAAACAGAGUUAGAGUUAGAGCCAGAAAGAGAGCUUCAAUGGAGAAACUGGUUGUGGAAAACCUUUGGAAUGGUGACAGAGAUGCACAAAUUCAAGCAGCUAUGGAGCUAAGCAGAUUUAGUAGUAAGCAAAGGCACAAGUUGGGAGAAAGUGGAGUCUUGGUUCCUCUGGUUUCCAUGCUCCAUUCUGAAGACUAUGAAGCCAUUGAAGCGUCUCUCUGUGCUCUACUCAGUCUUGCAUUCGGCAGCGAACGAAACAAGAGAAGGAUCAUCAAGUGUGGAGCUUUGCCAGUUCUGCUGAAUCACCUUCACUCUCAAAGCCAAACAGUGGUGCAAUUGACAGUAGCAGCCAUGCUAACCCUCUCAUCCUGCAAGGCAAAUAAGGUUGCAAUUGCUUCAUCCGGUGCUCUACAACACUUGGCUGAAUUUGUAAAUAGCGGUGACAUUCAGUUACAGCUUGAUGUUGUGGCCACAAUCCACAACCUCUCAACCUGCGAAGAGAUUGUUCCAUUGAUCGUUGCUUCUGGCAUUAUACUUUCAUUGCUUGAACUGGUCCACAACUCUGUGAAAUCAUCUCCGCUGGGUGAAAAGGCGAUUGGUUUGCUCGAAAAUAUUGUCUCUUCAUCAGAGAGUGCACUUUGUGAGGCUGCUAGUGUUGGUGGGGCAAUUCGGAUACUGGUCGAGACUAUUGAAGAUGGAUCAUCACUAGGGAAAGAGCAUGCAGUUGGUAUACUUUUCCUUAUAUGCCAAAGUUGCAGAGAGAAAUACAGAGGUUUGAUUCUGAGAGAGGGGGUGAUGCCAGGACUGCUUCAGUUAAGCAUAGAUGGAACGCGGAGAGCCAAGAACAUGGCUCGAGAACUGUUGUUGCUUCUGAGAGAUUACUCCGAUUAUAGUUCAAGACAAAAACAAAUGAAUCAUGAGCUCAUAGAGCGGAUCAUGGAAGAAAUUGAUGCAGAUGGAGAGAAAUUGGCUGAUGCUAAGCUGCGGUUAGUGGAGGAGAUGAUUGCAAAGCUGAACACGUAAUCUUGAGUAAAUAGGGACGGGCAUAAGGUUCAGGUCAUAAUGCCGUACAGCAUCACCCGUUUUUUCUUUUUUGAACAUUUCGUUAUCAGUGUGGAGCACCUAUAGGACUAAGACUUUCAUUAGAAACUAGAAAAGAAA